CUCGCCAGAUUGAGCCCACCCUUGAAGCGGUGCCAGUUGCGCUGUAUAUUAGUAGGAAGAGAGAGGCGUCCGUGGUCCAGGAGGAGUUGCGCACCAUGUCUUCAUCACCUACACCACCCGCCCUGGAAGGAAACGCCGCAUCCGAGAGCGUUGGGCUGGCCGUGGACGCGGGUCUGAAGCCCGCCGGUCCCACACCGAGCCAGAGCCGGUUCCAAGUAGACCUUGUUACUGAGGCAGCCGGCGCCGCCGCCGCCGCACAUGAUAAAUCGCCCAACUCCGAUGCCUCUACCAUCCCAACAAAUGACAAAGCCACGCCCGUUGCCGAUGGAGCCGACGGGGCCGGUGGGGAUGAAGGCAAGAGCCGAUUUCGAGUGGUCAACUUUGCGGAUCCGAGUGAAGCCGGUAGCCCCCUGGACGCCGGUCCGGCCGAGGGUCUGCAGAACGGGGACACUGUGAUGAGCGAGACCAGUCUGCAUUCAUCGACAGGAGGGCAGCAUCACUACCACUACGACACCCACACCAACACCUAUUACCUGAGAACUUUUGGCCACAACACCAUUGAUGCGGUUCCCAACAUCGACUUCUACCGCCAGACCGCCGCGCCGCUGGGGGAGAAGCUGAUCCGACCCACGCUGUCAGAGCUGCACGACGAGCUCGACAAGGAACCCUUUGAUGAUGGCUUCGCCAACGGCGAGGAGCUCAGCCCGGCCGAGGAGGCGGCCGCCAAAGAAGCCGCCGAGUCCAAGGGCGUGGUCAAAUUCGGUUGGAUCAAGGGCGUGCUGGUGCGAUGCAUGCUGAAUAUCUGGGGUGUGAUGCUCUUUAUUCGCAUGUCAUGGAUUGUGGGCCAGUCAGGAAUAGUUUUGUCCUGUUUAAUUGUCCUGAUGGCCACUGUUGUGACGACAAUCACCGGCCUUUCCACCUCAGCCAUCGCCACCAACGGUUUUGUACGAGGAGGAGGUGCAUAUUAUUUGAUAUCGAGAAGUUUGGGCCCAGAGUUCGGAGGCUCCAUCGGUCUGAUCUUUGCGUUCGCCAACGCCGUGGCUGUCGCCAUGUACGUGGUGGGCUUUGCAGAGACGGUCGUAGAGCUUCUCGCUGGUGUCGACGCUCUCAUGACGGAUCAACUCAACGACAUCCGAAUCAUCGGCACGAUCACCGUCAUCCUGCUCCUUGGCAUCUCGGUGGCAGGAAUGGAGUGGGAGGCCAAGGCCCAAAUCUUCCUGCUCUUCGUCCUCAUCACUGCCAUCAUCAACUACUUCAUCGGAAGCUUCAUCACUGUCAAGUCUAAGGAAUCCUAUGGCUUCUUCGGCUACGAUUCGGCCAUUAUGAUGGAAAACAUGGGUCCGGACUUUCGAGGCGAGACGUUCUUCUCCGUGUUUUCCAUCUUCUUCCCGGCCGCCACCGGUAUUUUGGCUGGUGCCAACAUCUCGGGAGAUCUCGCCGACCCCCAGUUGGCUAUCCCCAAAGGCACCCUGCUGGCCAUCCUGGUCACUGGCAUCGUCUACCUCGGAGUCGCCAUCUCUACAGGUGCAUGCAUCGUUCGAGACGCCACCGGCUCUCUGAACGACACGGUGAGCUCUAUGUUCAUGGCCAACUGCACCGACGCCGCCUGCAAGAUGGGCUACGACUUCUCCUCCUGCAAGGACCCCAAGACGCCCUGCCAGUACGGGCUCCAAAACGACUUCCAGGUGAUGAGCAUCGUGUCAGGCUUUGGUCCCAUCAUCACAGCCGGGAUCUUCUCUGCCACCCUGUCCUCUGCCCUGGCCUCUCUCGUCAGCGCCCCCAAAGUCUUCCAGGCUUUGUGUAAAGACAACAUCUAUCCCGGCCUGAGCAUGUUCGCAAAGGGCUACGGCAAGAACAACGAGCCCCUCCGUGGCUACAUCCUCACCUUCUGCAUCGCCCUGGCCUUCAUCCUCAUCGCCGAGCUGAACAUCAUCGCUCCCAUCAUCUCAAACUUCUUCCUGGCUUCCUACGCCCUGAUCAACUUCUCUGUGUUCCACGCCUCCCUCGCCAAUUCACCAGGAUGGCGUCCUAGCUUCAAGUACUACAACAUGUGGGUCUCCCUGGCGGGGGCCAUCUUGUGCUGCGGCGUCAUGUUCGUCAUCAACUGGAUGGCGGCGCUGCUCACCAACACCAUCGUCAUGGGCCUGUACAUCUACGUCAGCUACAAGAAGCCAGAUGUGAACUGGGGCUCGUCCACCCAGGCCCUGACCUACCACCAGGCGCUGACCCACACGCUGCACCUCAGCGGAGUGGAGGACCACAUCAAGAACUUCAGGCCCCAGUGUUUGGUGAUGACUGGCUACCCCAACUCUCGCCCCGCCCUGCUGAACCUGGUGCACAGCUUCACCAAGAACGUGGGCUUGAUGAUCUGUGGCCACGUUCGCACCGGAUCCCGGCGGCCCAACUUCAAGGAGCUGGCGGCUGACCACUCGCGCUUCCAGCGCUGGCUGCUCCGGAACGAGACCAAGGCCUUCUACACGCCCGUGUUCGCCGACGACCUGCGACAGGGCACUCAGUAUCUGCUGCAGGCCGCUGGACUGGGCCGCCUGCGCCCCAACACCCUGGUGUUUGGCUACAAGAACGACUGGAGGGACGGGGACAUGAUGAACGUGGAGACCUACAUCAACAUGAUCCACGAUGCCUUCGACUUCCAGUACGGUGCCGUCAUUCUGCGACUGAAGGAAGGACUGGAUGUCUCCCACAUUCAGGGACAAGACGAGCUGCUGUCGUCUCAGGAGAAGACCUCCGCGGUGAAGGACGUUGUGGUGUCCAUAGACAUGAGCAAGGACUCUGACGGAGACUCCUCCAAACUCUCCUCCAAGGCCACGAGUCUGCAGAACAGCCCCGCCGUUCAAAAAGAUGAAGAUGACGACGGCAAAGCUCCGACACAGCCACUGUUGGGAAAAGAUAAGAAGAGCCCGUCCAUGCCGCUGAACGUGUCCGACCAGAGGUUACUGGAGGCCAGCCAGCAGUUCCAGAAGAAGCAGGGCAAGGGCACCGUGGAUGUGUGGUGGCUGUUUGACGACGGCGGCCUGACUCUGCUGAUCCCCUACCUGUUGAUCAACAAGAAGAGGUGGAAGGACUGCAAGAUCCGCGUCUUCAUCGGAGGCAAGAUCAACAGGAUUGACCACGACCGCAGAGUCAUGGCGACCCUCCUCAGCAAGUUCCGUAUCGACUUCUCUGACAUCACCGUCCUUGGGGACAUUAACACCAAGCCAAAGAAGGAGAGCAUCACCGCGUUCGAGGACAUGAUCGAGCCGUACCGGCUGAAGGAGGACGACAUGGAGCAGGAGGCGGCGGAGCGGCUGAAGAACAGCGAGCCCUGGAGGAUCACCGACAACGAGCUAGAGCUGUACCGCGCCAAGACCAAUCGCCAGGUCCGCUUGAACGAACUGCUCAAGGAACACUCCAGCACCGCCAACCUCAUCGUCAUGAGCAUGCCUCUGGCCAGGAAGGGCACAGUGUCCAGCGCCCUCUACAUGGGCUGGCUGGAGGUGCUGUCCCAGGACCUGCCCCCCAUCCUGCUAGUGCGUGGAAACCACCAGAGCGUGCUCACCUUCUACUCCUAGGACCGCCGCCGCCGCCCGACACACCGCCCACCUCCACCCCAAAAAAACACUAUCUCUCCACCUGCACAGCAGACCUGGGGUGGACCGUCGCCGCAUUAAAGGUUCACCGUGUAUACAUACAUAUAUAUAUAUUAUAAAUAGAAUUACUGUACACUCCAAACCAUGGUAGGGUCCAGGCAGCCAUUAAUAAGAAUACUUUUGUUUGAAUAAGGAAAGAGCGCACUCACUGAGUUAUACUACGAUUUAAAACCCAGCUCCAGUAACGCCACACUCGCUGCUGCGUGGCCCCAGCUGGUAUAAAUGUGACUUCUACUUUUUCUGUUCUUUCCCCGCAGACCCCUGACAUGGGGGGGGGGGG